AAUCUCUACUAAUAUUAACAAGAUGGUAGCCUUCAACAUGUUAUGGAAGCUAUCUAUAUUGGUAGCCUUUGGGCUCUCUGCUACGGCCACUUCUACUGAGGUAGCCCAGGAGCAACCCACGCAAGAAGGAUUAGACAUCGGAAUCCCUGGUAAGGAAUACGAACAGGCCACUGAACUUGUAAAAGUACCGGAGCAAGAUAAUACCGACAGUGAAAAGGAGAUUGCGACAGAUGAACCACCCAAGUACUCUGUUGAAUGGUAUCUGUUACCUGAGCCGGAAAAUAGAGCCGCUUUACGUAGUUUUUUGCCAUGGUCUUUGUCUAUUUCUGUGCCAACGAACUGCAAAAAGCCCAUAUCGACUGCAUUAAUGAACCAAAUUCGGUGGUAUUUUUCAAGGCGUGACCUUCAAUGGUUUUUGUUACCCAAACAAGAAAACAGAACUGCCCUACGUAAGUUGUUACCAAUCGACGUGGCUGCAGUAAUUCCAGAAGAUUGCCGUAAGGCAAUACCGGGCGUAUAUGAAAGCUAUAUUUGGACGUAUUUCUCAUUGUCUGCCGUUGAAUGGCUUCUGGAAUCCAAGCCGGAAAAUAGAUCUCUUCUAAUUAAGUCGUUACCAAGCGAUCUGGCCAAAGGUGUUCCCGAAGAUGUCAACAAACCAAUAGAUCCUGCAGUGGAAGAACGUAUUAGGGAGUAUUUCGCAUUUACUGUGCCAGAUUUGAGGUGAAGGUGUCUACCAUGAUAUUUUUUCGCAUUUGUAAAUGAUCCAUUAUGGUGUAUUUAAAUGAAAACGCAGUUAUCAUAAUAUCAGUCUAUAGACUA